AUGACGUUGAAGGACAAUAUGGAGACCUUUUAUCGUAAACGAUGGAUGUCGGGAGUUCAAUCAGCAAAUAAUAUUUCUGAGCUUAAUAAUAAGAUAGAAGAUGACUUAGAUUUAAGUGAGAGUCAUCAACAAUCCUGCCUUACCGAGCAACUCUCAAGCAGCGACUACUACGAAGGUAUUGAAGAUGAUACUGAUUCCAGCUCCAGAAGAAGCAAUAUAUUCGAAAGUGAUACUGAUGCCAACGAGGACCAAAUAUCAAAUGACAGUGUGGAGAUGAGACCAGUUAUGAAAUUCAACGAACCAGAUCUAUUGAUAGAAAAGCUUCAAAAGGACGUUGUCAAGCAGGUGAGAAGUGCUAUGAAAGUUCCCGAAGGCAAUGAGCAUAUUCUUAACUGUUCAGUUAAUGCUAUAUUGACGGAUCCACAAUUUAGGAGUGUCAAUUUUGCAGACCCAGAGGGGUUGAAAAAAGGAGAUGAAGCGGCCUUUAAUAUGAUUUUGUCAUGUCAGCUUAUAGACAAGUACGUUGACACCAAGGCUGGUGAACUCUAUGAUAUAAUUACUGGAUCUCUUUUGUUCACAGGUGAACAAUCUGGAGGAGCUACCGUUGAACAACCUGGCUGGUUUUCGAAAUAUAUGGAUAUUUGGCAAUUUGAUGGACAGCAAUAUGACACGUUUGACCAACAGACCUUCCAAGACUAUUUCAUGAAAGACCUUUACUCAUCUGAAUCAUUUGAGACGUUGGAUGUGAAAAAGAUUGCAGAUCGAAUCUUUCUAAUGAACUUACAAAAGUUCAGGUUUUAUUUUAGUAAAAUGCCCCUGAAGAUCAAUGUGUGUGAAAUUGACUUAGAAGAAUUGGAUGAUGAUGAUUCGAAAGAUGAGCUUGAAGUAAUCAACAAGAGAAAUCUAAAUCUGUUUGUUAGCCAGAGAAAGAGCCAAGUGACCGUUAAAUUCACUCAAGAUCCUGAAACAAUCAUUUUUGAGGAUAUGGAUCCACCUGAAUCAAUCAGUCUAAAUUUAUAG